UCACGGUCCUGAACGCCAACGUUGCAUAUUCUCCGCUUACUGUCCUCUACACUCCAGGGCCGGAGAUUGCUUGUGCACGGCAUGCAUCGUGUCAGACUUGCUUCUAGGUCCAUAUCGUCGACCGCUGGUCGAGGAGUUGUGCGAGUGUCCAGGAGGCGUCUUGCGACAGAGGCCUCUGAAGCCUCUACGGCAACACCGAAAAAGAAACCUCGGAUUUUUAGGCGGAUUUUCUGGGCAACGGCGACGCUGACCGGCACCUUUUACGUUGGCAGCACCUUCGCCUCUUUCAACAACCAGACAUAUUAUAACUUCUUCAAUGACCAUGUCCCUCUUGGUCAAUCCAUGCUUGAAUAUGCCGAAACUCAUCAUUGGGACACCCUCACGGUCGCAACGGCAAUAGAAUAUACCAAGGAUGCCAUCAUUUCCGUUCAGCGUUUCGUUACCGAUUCAAUCAACGGUGCACCUAGCGCCAUUGAAAACGCGAAGCAUAUAGCUGAACAGAAGGCUGGUGAAGCGCGGGAGGCGGCUGUCAAGACUUACGAAUCGUCGAAGGAGCGGGCCAAGGCUGUUGCGUCGAACAUUAAAUCGGAUGUACAGAAAGCAGAAGAAAAAAUCACGGGAAAACAGGAUGCUUUGGCCAAGCACCAGGAGCAACAGAUCGCUGAUGAACUCCUUCAGCUCGUUCACCAGGCUGAAGAUGCGUUGGCGGGCAAGAUACCGCCCUCUGCAGCCUCUGCCACCUCUGUUCCCGUCGAUACAGCGAAAGCCCUAGAAACAACCCCAGAACAACCACCAGCCAUCCCGACCCCUGAAAAGGUCGUUGAUAACGUGUACACCGAACCCUUACCAGUUGGAUUCGAACCACCUCCCGGCUUUCAACGUCCUACACCGCCUCCUACGAAAGAGGCACCUCCUCCUGAACCUCCCGCUGCACUUCCCCUCAUCGCGCCAUCAAUUGCCGAUGUAUCCGACCCCAUCGUCAAGCACCUGGCCUGUACCAUCGAUGACCUGGCUUCAUAUCUCAAGUCCAACCCCAAUGCUGCAUCUCAGAUUACACCUGUGCUAGAAGCUGCCAAGGUCGACUUGUCUUCACUUGUGGAGCGGAUAGAGACUGUGAAGGACGAAGAACGGAACGGACUGCAGGCAAAGAUGGACGAACAGACUAGGGAGUAUACAAUCAAAAUGAUCGAGUUGGAGAUGGAAGCUCAGGACAAGCUUGAUACUCAAGAGGAUGAGUUCCGGAAGGUCUUCGACCAGCACCAGGUUGAACUUACGCGCGCUUACCGGGAGAAAUUAGACAAUGAGCUCAAGACCCAUCUCGAAAUUAUCAACGAGAGACUCAAGGAAGAAGUUAUUGCCCAAGGAAUUGAGCUCCAACGUCGGUGGAUUCGUGAAAUUAAAGUCCGAGUCGAACAGGAGCGUGGCGGACGCCUUGCUAAACUCGACGAACUGUCCACGCAACUCAAGCGUUUGGAGCGCAUUGCACUGGAUAAUUCAGUUUAUUUAGACGAGAACAUUCGGAUACACGCUCUUUGGACUGCAGUGCGUGCGCUGUCAUCAUCAGCACUCUCAUCUUCUGUACGAAAACCGUUCCGAGAGGAGCUCCGGAUCCUCCGGCACGUCACUACCGCCCGCGAAGAUCCAGUUACCUCUGUUGCUCUUGACACUCUUGAAUCAACAGAAGUCCCUGACGUUGGCGUUGAGCCAUUUGCUGACCUCGCGUCGUGGUUCACGACAUCUGUAGCUCCCAAGGUGUCUAAUGUUGCACUGGUGCCUGACCAAGAUGCUGGAUUGUUUUCGCAUCUUGCCAGUCACUUCUUGUCGAGCUUCCGGUUCAAGAGGCAUGGCUUGGUUCCCGGUAACGAUGUCCUAAGUGUUUUGGCGAGGGCUGAGUACUAUUUGAACGAAAAGGACCUCGAUAGUGCUACGCGAGAGCUCAACCAGCUCAAAGGCACUGCUCAUGUUCUGCUGUCUGAUUGGUUGGAAGCUGCGCGGAGACGCCUAGAGGUGCAACAAGCGUUGGAGGUGGUACAAACUCAGGCUACGUUAGCAUCACUGUUACUUGUGUAAUUGCAACACAAUGGAAAUAGUUGGGACGUAGAUCAUUAGACGUUCGCUAUUUGGGGUGAACUCGUUCGGCCUGGCUGAUGUGAUGAUAAUGUAGCUGUGCCGUUCAUGGCACAUUCGCAGAUGACUUGUGCUCUCCUCACGACAGU